CAAAAUAUAAGAGACAGAACACAAAACUCAGAAAAAGCAACAAGAAGAAAAAAGAUCUGAAACGAACAAAAUGGUAAAUCAAAGAAAUCUACAAGAAGAAGAAGAAGAAGAAAAGGAGAAUUAUCCUCUUAUUACAACCAAAGUAGUUGAGUAUUUGCAGCCAGUAAUGUGUCGUGAGCUUCUCUGCAAAUUUCCAGAUAACUCUGCUUUCGGAUUCGACUACACACAGAGCUCUCUUUGGUCUCCUCUCUUGCCUCGAAAUUACCCUAGUCCUUCAGAUCUAGACUCCGACAGUUGCGUUUGUCGGAAUCUUAAACUCGGAGAGUUUCAAGUAGGCAAGAAGAAGAUGAAGAUGUCAAUGAAGAAGAAGAACAAGAAGAAGAGUAAAUUACUGAAAUUAGACAUGACUUCGAUGAAGAAUGAUGAUGAUUCUCCUAAAAUUGGCUGCUUUCCUAUUCCUACCAAGGGAUGGAAUGGUGUGUUAAAGGCAGCUUCAAAACAUUUCAAGAAAUCGAGAAAGAAGAGAGAUUCAGUCGCUGAUGCUAAGCUACUCGACUUCAAAUGCUAAGAUUAUAUCCACUUUAAUUUUAGUCUAAUUUGUUUGUUCUAUCUUUUUAAGUAUUCAACAUUACUAUACCGUUGAUGAGUUGAUUCAAUUUGUGGUCUGUGUUCUAUAUAUGGUCUCUAUGUAAUCAUUUGGAGUGUUUGAUCAUAGAUAUCAACUUGUGAUGCAUUUGAGUCUUAGAAACAAGUAGCGACUAGCGAUUGUGAAGCAGAGUUUGAUAUACAGUUGAAUAAACAAGCCUGAUGCGA